AUGCACAAUCCGAUCAAGAAUCCCGAAUACGAAGCCUUUUUCAAGGCCCAGAGCGAGGAUGGCUGGCCUCCUCCGGCCCAUAUGAUUGAUGCGUUCCGAUCUCUCUUGACCAACCCUUCCCUUCCCGCAUCCGAAGUAGCACAACAGGCUGCAUCGCUUUACAUCCAACAGUCCGAUCCAAAUCCAGAUUACACGUCACUCUGGCCGCUCCUCUUUGACGCGAUUGAGAAGUUCACCGAGCAGAAUGACCGACUGCUUGACUUUGUGGUUGAGUUCCAGCGGCUUCCCGAUCAUAACGGAGCUUUCCACCAGCUGAAUGGGCUCACUGAAUAUUUGGUGGAAUUUGUGUUCGAUUAUGUGGAUCACCCAUUCUACGAUCCGCAACGAGACCAAAAGCGUCAAGGCUGGGUUAACAUCAAUGCCUUCACGGCCAAGCUCCAUAAUACCGGCAUUCGUCCGGAGGGCCGCGGUCAACUCCAUCACGCGAGUUGGGUCAUGAGGAAGACACUCGAGAAAGCCCCAUGGGAAGUAUUCCAUCAUGCAGAUAUCGAGGAAUGUCUGGAAUCGUUGCAGGAUGGGUACGUUGAGGAUUAUGAGGGCGAACUUGACGAGGAGUAUAACGACAAACGGGAUCACUUCCUCGAGGAAAUUGACAUCCGAACCCUCAACGGAUGGAUCCCGGGUGCAGCCCAAUGGAUCCUGCUCUGUGGGAAAGAGAUCUAUGGAAUGGAGGGCUCCCUGGGCAGGGAAUGGCCGACAAAGUGGACAGGGAGCGAGGGAUGGUCGAAAGAGCGAUGGGCCUUCUGGAGACAACGAUUUGAAUGGGCCAGCACGGUUACUGCACUCGACCGAAAGACACGACAGCUUGCCCGGGAGAUGUGUGUCCCCGCGAAGGAGAGUGAUUCCAAGCAAUCAAGAUCCUCAUGUACCCGCUGUCUGCGCCGUCAUGUUCCAUGUUCCCGCUCUCAGGCCAAGCUGGCCGAUACAAGGAAACUCCAAGCCCGCCCCAACUUACCGGCGGAGUCGCAGAAUGGGUCCAGCAGGUUAGAGGAGUUUCUAUCUGACGAGAAGUCCGUUGAGCUGCUCGUCCAGGAGUAUCUGUCCAAGAUUCACGGUCGGCCCCAUUGCAUUUUCCAUCCGGUGACGUUGUGGAUCGACGUUCGCGACCGCCGAAUCGGCAAGGCUUUGCUUCUGGCGAUCUGCGCCAUGGGGGCUCAUGUCUCCAGUCGGCCGAAUCUGCGGUCCCUCCAGUCCUUGCUCACCACCGAGGCUAAACGGUUACUCCAGAUGGAUCUGGAGCGGGUCUGUCUAGAGAAUGUUCAAACGUGCAUUCUAGUCGCCAACCUAUGCGUAGCCCAUGCCAAUCCCUCGUCAGAGUUUCUGUUCUUUCGAACCGCAAUUACGAUGAUGCAAUUAAUACGACCAUUUGCGGACCAAGGGAAUAGCAACGCAGUCUCACACGAGCUCUGGAUCCGAAUCUGGUGGGCUCUUUUUGCAGCGGACAAUUGGUGCUCGUCGAGCCUGGGCUUCCCCCGCCAGAUGAAGGACUGGCCUCGGCCAGACCGAAUGCCCAUGGAUGAAAGUCUUUUUGCUGGCAUGGAUCCAGAUGCAGUCUUGCACGAUCCGAACGAACCAUGCAAGAGCCCUGGUUUGUGGGCACACAUGGCCACGCUUCAUGAGAUCUUUGGUCCAAUUCAAGAACUGAAUUGGCUCGUGGCCACCAAUAAAGAGCUACAACCAAAUCGAAUGGAACGGGACAUAGAGAAUCUUGCCCAACGACUAGAUGACUGGCAAAGGAUACUCGCAGAAGAGGAUCAACUGACGGAAGCGAACCUCGUAGGGCACAGCGAGCGAGGCACAGGGGGCAUCUUCAUGGGCCUCCAUCUUGGCUUUCAUCACUAUGCCACGUUACUUCUCUACCAGUAUCUCGAUCCCAAGUCCGCACUGACUAUGCGUGGUCGCCAGUUUGCAGCUCGAUGCAAACACCAUGCGCUUAGUUAUAGUACAUGGCUUGCCCGUGGGAGGCGACAAGCAGGAUGUGAGGCCAUAUAUCCAACGGUCGGCCAUAUGGCAAUUGUCUCCUCUUCCGUUCUGCUUCACACCCUCCUCUUUGGGGAGGAAAAUGAAAUUUCACAGUCUCACCAUUGCCUCAAAGCAAAUUUUGAGGCACUACUCGAGCUGAAAGAGUACUGGCCCAAUGUUAACACCAUGAUUGACCGAUUGAUGGAAUUUCAAAAUAAUUGCCUUCUCCUCUCUCAUCACCAACAAACCCAUCGGCUGGAUCGUUGGAUGGUGCGAUUUCUUCUGGAGUACGCCCUACCACUUGAUGACAAGGCAAUCACUCCACCUACGGCCUCGGAAAUGGAAAUUAUCUCCACACAGGCACAAUUCUUCUCUCAAAAAGGUCGCCUGCCAGAGUUUGGAGUCAGCUAG